UUCAGCAAUAGUUAUGAACUCCCGUUUACGAGCCUUAGGUGGGAGGAUAAAUAACAUACGAGCAUCAGAGCUACCAAAAGAGAAAACCCGAUCAGAGAUAAUCUGUCACGUCCACUUUUUGGAUGGCUCAGUACAAAGCUUCAAAGUCAACAAACAAGACACUGGACAGAUUUUGUUGGAUAUGACCUAUAACCAGUUGGGUGUGACGGAGAAGGAAUACUUUGGUUUACAGCAAAAUGAAACUUCAGUAGAUUCACCUUUUUUCAUUUCACAGCGAUGGCUUGAACCAAGCAAACCUAUUAGAAAACAGUUAAAAGGAGGUUUUCCCUGCACCCUUCGUUUUCGUGUAAGGUUUUUUAUACCUGAUCCUAACACACUUCAGCAAGAACAAACCAGGCACUUAUUCUUUCUACAAUUGAAGAUUGAUAUUGCAGAAGGAAGGUUGUCAUGCCCCAUUAGUUCUGCUGUUGUCCUGGCAUCCUAUGCAGUACAAUCACAACUUGGAGACUAUAAUGCUUCUGUGCAUCAUUCAGGAUAUCUCUCAAAUUAUAACUUUAUACCAGAGCAGAACAAAGAUUUUCUUACCAAAGUAGAAUCUCUACAUGAGCAACACAGUGGCCUCAAGCAAUCUGAAGCAGAGUCCUGCUAUAUAAAUAUAGCACGAACACUUGAAUUCUAUGGAGUGGAAUUGCACAGUGGUAGAGAUCUCCAUAAUCUAGAUCUUAUGAUUGGGAUUGCAUCUGGUGGAAUUGCUGUAUACAGAAAACUCAUCUGUACAAGCUUCUAUGCCUGGGUGAACAUAUUAAAAAUUUCCUUUAAAAGGAAAAAGUUUUUUAUACAACAACGGCAGAAACAUAAUGAAUCCAGGGAACAUAUUGUUGCCUUCAACAUGUUAAAUUACAGAGCAUGCAAAAAUCUUUGGAAAUCUUGUGUAGAGCAUCACACAUUUUUUCAGGCAAAGAAGUCACUACCUCAUGAAAAAAAGAUAUUAUCAAAUUAUUGGACCCUGGGUUCUAGAAAUCCAACAAAGUCUGUAAACAACCAGUACUGCAGAAAAGUGAUAGGAGGGAUGGUUUGGAACCCAUCUAUGAGACGGUCCUUAUCUGUUGAACAUCUAGAGACCAAAAGCCUUCCUUCUCGAUCACCUCCUGUUACCCCUAAUUGGCGGAGUCCUAGACUACGUCAUGAAAUUCGUAAGCCACGACACUCAUCUGUAGAUAACCUUACAAAUGAGAUUAGUUAUAUCACUGAAACAGAGGAUGUUUUUUAUACAUAUAAGGGCUCUCCCACAUCAAAGGACAGUGAUUCGGAGUUCUCUCAGAACCGCAGUCCACAGAGGAGGUCAUCUGAACAAGAAUCACCAAAGAAUGUAUUGGAUAGCAGUCCAGUGCGGAGUUCUCUGACCCAUAUCUCACCUAAAGCCUUGGCUCAGUCUCCCAAUGGAGUUGGCAACAUUUCUGGCUCUUACCCUUUGGAAGGGGUGGAUAAACAGUUCUUAGAAACAUAUGACAAUGUUACAAAAAGUAGCUCAACAGAAGAUUCCAGUCAGUACUACUGCGAUAAGAAUGACCUAACCGAAGGAGAUUUACUUUUGGUGCGUAUCAUACCAGAUGAAGAUGGGAAGUUUGGAUUUAAUCUAAAGGGUGGAGUAGAUCAAAAAAUGCCACUAGUAGUAUCAAGAAUAACUCCAGGAUCACCUGCUGAUAAAUGCAUUCCAAAGCUGAAUGAAGGUGAUCAGAUAGUAUUAAUUAAUGGCCGAGAUAUCUCAGAGCACACGCAUGACCAGGUUGUCAUGUUCAUAAAAGCCAGCAGAGAAUCUCACACAAGAGAGCUUGCACUUUUGGUCAGGCGGAAAGUAGUUAAACAGUUUGUGGAAUCCAAAUCAGAAGAUGAAGCUGAUUCCCACAAUCUCCCGGAAUCUAUUCUUCCUGUCUGUUCUGAAUAUGGUGGUGAUACACUGGAGGAGUCUAUGGAACAGCUAAGAAGAGGGCUGGAAAGUGGGACUGUCCUUAUUCAGUUUGAGCAACUUUAUAGAAAGAAACCAGGUUUGGCUGUUACAUGUGCAAAGGUACCUCAGAAUAUGGACAAGAAUAGAUACAAAGAUGUUCUACCUUAUGAUGCCACAAGGAUAAUAUUGCGAGGAGAUGAAGAUUACAUUAAUGCAAAUUACGUGAAUAUGGAAAUUCCUUCUGUGGGCAUUGUGAACAGGUACAUUGCUACUCAGGGGCCUCUUCCACACACAUGUGCACACUUUUGGCAAGUAGUCUGGGAUCACAAAUUGUCACUGAUCAUCAUGUUAACAACUCUUACUGAACGAGGACGGACCAAAUGUCACCAGUAUUGGCCUGAUCCACCAGAUGUAAUGGAAUAUGGCAGCUUUCGUGUCAGAUGCCACUCUGAAGACUGUACGAUUGCUUAUGUUGUUAGAGAAAUGGUGAUUACAAAUGUUGAGACAGAACAACAACACACCGUCACCCAUCUCCAGUAUGUAGCUUGGCCUGAUCAUGGUGUUCCUGAUGACUCCAUGGACUUCUUGGAGUUUGUGACCUGUAUGAGGCCAAAGAGAGUAAAGAACGAGCCAGUUCUUGUUCACUGCAGUGCAGGAAUCGGUCGUACUGGUGUAUUGGUCACUAUGGAAACAGCCAUGUGUUUAAUUGAAAGGAACCAACCUGUUUAUCCACUGGAUAUUGUAAGAAAAAUGCGAGACCAACGAGCUAUGAUGGUGCAAACAUCAAGUCAAUACAAAUUUGUUUGUGAAGCUAUUCUUCGUGUUUACAAAGAAGGAUUGGUUCGACCACUGGAUUCCAGUUAGCACAGCAGUGAAGAAUGAAUUCUUUUUUCACCUAAAAAAGACUGCUCCUUAAGUAAAGGAAGGGCUCAUUUCUCAAAGCAACCAGAAUGGACUAGAAGCCCAUGAAAAGACGUAUGAGCACAUUUGAACUGUGGCACUUUAAAUUUCUCACAAAGAUUGCUAAAUCAUGUACAGUGUAACAAAGUCACAUAGAUAAAUAUAUGACAGUAAUUGUGUGUAAUAUGCUUUAUUCACAUAGACGACCAUAAACAAUCAUGGAAACCUUAAUACAUAUCUUUUACUGCCUUAAAACACCCCCCACUUUGGAAGUUACAAAAUUCCUUGUAUUUAAUUUGAAAUAGCAAAAAGAAAACUCAUAGUAUUGAAAUGAUUCAGCUCAAGAAGGUAUUUUAAUAUAUUUGUAUUGUAUGAAAGUUCAUUGAAGGUGAAUAUAUGUAAUUUCCUUAUCGGGAUACUAAGUAUUCAAGGAAAUUCAGCCUUGACUACUAAAAGGAUGACGAAGAGCUUUAAAGGCUAAUGCAUAACUACUGUACAUUAAGAGCUGGAGAAAUUUAGUAUUCAUUUACCAUAAAUCUAUUAAUGAGUCUGCCAGCUGUUAUAAUAUGCUUAGAAAUCACAUCGACUGUAUGUGAUGUGAAAAUAAUGCUGCAUUUAGGCAUUUUAUGCAGAUGGUACAGUCUACAUCUUCUGUUGAUCAAUUUCAAUUGCAACUUGCCCUUUUAACAGUGACCUACUUCUUACAGUUUUAGUUAUUGUACUCCUUUUCUUCUGUUUCUGCUGUCCAUCUACUUUAUGCUUGUUUUUCAGUCAUGUGGACUGAAAACAUUGUAACUUAAAAUGAGUUUUAAAUCUCUGUCAUGUUUGUUUCCAUGUAUAUUUUUGAGUUCUCAGAUGUAAAUGUGGAUUAAUGUUGCACACAAGUACUAGACUUUUGACUUACUGUAUAUGCAAAGUAGUCUAAUCCAAUACUGGAAGAAAAAUUACUACUGAACCCAUCAAAUAUGUUGCUGCUAUUUCAAGGUGUGAAGCUUACAAGGGCACAGGUGUUGCUAGUGUUCAGACGGUGAUAAAAUGAUGAGUUGCUGCCCUCCAGCAAAAAUGCUCUUAUCCAGUGGAACACAGCUCCCUUUUGCAAGAGUUCUGUGGAUUUACUGUGUUUCUUGCUUAUGCAGAAAUGCAGCUAAAUUCACACGAAGAUUUAUGUGGAAAGAGAGAACAUAUUUGUAUAUCGAUGAAUAAUUCACCCUAAGGUACACUGGUCUCUAUUUCAUUUCAGAUGGGAGAAUUAGACUUUCUGAACAAUAUAACCACAUUUGUAUGAUGUUAAUUUAUUUUGUGUGUGCUUUUUGAUUACCCUGAGAUAGUUCUUAACUUUUUAAUAGUGUUUAAAAAUUAUUCUAAGGGACUGUUUAAAACUGUUAUUUAAAAGACUAGUCCUAAGUAAGGAAAAAUUUUUAUGGGGCAUAUUAGCCAGAUGUUUAUAUGUGUAUAAAAGAGAAAAUGAAAUAAUUUUUGAGAGAUAUAUAUGCACACACAUAUUCAGAUAUAUUUUAGAAUUAUGGUUUGUAUUAUGGAUAUUAUCAUUUGUAUCUGGAGUUUCAUUAUGGAAACUAUCACAACUGUACAAUAUGCAUCUCUCAUGUUACCAAAGGUUAUGUUUUUUUUCCCCAGGAGAUAACUAAAAAGUGAAUGUAGGAUGUGCUAAAUUACUGACUCUUGUCUUCUGUAGGCUUGGAUCUUUCUCUGAGAUUGCAUUAUUAGUUGUAGCUAAAGAAAAUACCUGGUUACUAUUGAUCAAAAGUUUUAGUUGCAACACCCAGGGUAAUUGGCAACAUGGAAACCUUCUUGGCUUUGUUAGGUUGAAAGCUGAAUAGGUUUGUGGUCAUUCUUAUAUACUGCAUUCCAAAUUUUACUUUGAAUGAAGUUUUUGUAGUAUUUUGGAUCAUUGUCCUCUUGCUUGAUUAGGCAUAGAUUAGGAGGCAAAAGACCGUACCUCUGGUUCACUUUUAUCUCGCUAAACUGCAUCAGAUCGCUCAAUCUAUCUGUGUGACCAAAUGUAAAAUGAUACUGGACAUGCACAUAUAGCUCGGGAAGCUUCUUUGAAAAAUGCAUGUGGAAAAGCUUUGCACAAGUGCGGGCCGCUUGCUGCUGUUAGAGUAUUGAGCAAUGAGAAAACCUAGUGGAUCUUUCCCAGGAAAAGAGUAGUGGGCAGUAAAGAAUAUAUGGUCUCCUGUAUGGUUAACAAAAGCCUCCUUUUUGUUAUGUAUGUGCCUGUCUGUUAAAACAUUUUUUGUUUAUUUUCUUUUUUUCAUGUUUUGUUGUGCCCAGGUCUCAGAGUCAUCCCUUGCAGUUGGCAUGACUUGCAUUUAAUAGUUUGUCAAGAAGUGAAAAAGGCAAAAAAAUAAAUUACAAAAAAUAUCUAGAGCAUCUUGUGACAUCCAUUUCUUUCAUGGAAGUAUUUACAGUAUAUUUGUGUUCAAGGUUAUUGCUAUAUUCCUAUUGUUAUUUAUGUUUCUUCAUGUUGAAUAUGUACUUACCAAAGCACUGUAAAUUUAUUCCUUAUUUAACUCCAGUCUCAAAAUGUAUGGUAGAGGCUUUACUUAAGUUAGUAUGUGUGUGUUUAAAUGAUGAUGGUCAUAGUGUGACAACAAAUGCUGCUUUUGUUGGGUUUGGUAAUACCAUUGGUGAGUUCUUACUUGGGUUUUAAUAAUUAUUUGAAAUUGCUAGCCAUGGAGAGACUACUCAAAGCUAUAAAAAUAGUAAUCUCUGUAAGACUUUUUCUUUUUUAAAUGUUAGAGGAAAUAUUAACUACACAAAUAUCUUGUACAUUGUGUCCAUCUUUAUUUCAGUCUUGCUGGGUUUUGCACAUGUACCUAUAGGGUCCAUAGGGGAGAAUGAAGGGGUUUUGUCUUCUCUCUGUAGUGUGUAAUGACUUUGCACUGAAUGAAGUAUGCCUUAGAUCUGAUCUUGCAAUGAAAGCAUAAUUAUGAAAACAUCUUCUUAAUGCCAGCUUUUGUUUCCACAAGAAUUAAGAAAUUAAAAAGACAUACAUUUGAUUGAUCAUUCUGGGUUUUUUUGGUAGGAGUUAAAACUCCUAACACAAAGUUUUUAACUGUCAAGCAAUUGACAAAUGGCAGAAAAUGCUGUGAAGUCAAGAUUCUAUAUAACCUUCAUAAACAGUUUAACCUUGAUUUUGCCUGUGCUGGCAUGAUCAUGACAAUAAGUAUUCAAAAUGUCUAGUGUGGUGGUGGAUAAAGAGGGAGCAAUAAACCUUUGAGGUUUUCGUCACUGUGAAAUACACUAACAUUUAUUCUACAGAAUUAAAAAAAAUUUUAACUAUGUGGCUUUAUAUUUGAUACAGAAGUAACUUAUCUGCUUAUUUAGAGUGUCUUCAGAACUCUCGUACGGGAACACUUCUGAGACAGAGGGACAGAUCUUGCCAUGUAUUGAAAAUUAAAAAAAAAAAAAAAAGUGCCCUAAACCAUGAAUGCCUUUUGUGUAACCAGAUGGAUGAAAUAUGAAUCAUUAAAAUACAAACAAACCUUGAAUAGUGGUGGCGUUUUGCAGAAAAAAAAAUAAAAGAAUAAUUUUGUAAUCCAGUGGUUUACUUUCAGUAAUCCUGUCUUCUGGGUGUUGGUACUAAAUUAUAUGCGGUCAAAAUGUACCUAAGAAUUCAGCAAUAACUCUUCAUAUACACUCAGGUUUUUUAACAGUUGGUUUUCCUUUUUCCCUUCUUUUUUCUACUAUGGAGUACUUGGUUAAAUAUAUAUGUAUUUUAAAAAAAUUGUUGUUCUGGACUAUAUAAUGAACUAUGCAUUGAAUUUAUUACAAGUAUUAGAUUAUACUGUUUUACAACAAAAACUCUUCCCUGUAGAUAGUAUUCUUGUGUGUCAGACUGAAUGCAUAAAUGGCCCCUGAAUGAAAAUGUUGAAAAUAGACGCACAUGGUUAAUAUUCAAUCAAUUAUAGUUUAAACAUUGUCAUUUCACUGAUAAUGGCCUUACUUUUAUAUCCUAAAAUGUAGCAUCCAAGUGCAAGUUUAUUUUCCUCCAUCACAUAAGGCCUUUCCAGAGAGAACACAUGCUGAGAAAUGUUUGUAUUUUGAUUAGUAACCUGCAAUCAGUCUAUUUGGUUAAAAGCAUUUAUUAACUGAAGCUAUAUAGAAGAUAAAGUCAUGUCAUGAAAUACUUUGUUCAAAGGCAGUUGAAAGCCAAAUGAAUGAUUAAUUCAUUAUAUAAAACAUAAUGUUUUGAUUAAAUGGAUUCUCUUGCAUUUAAGUUCUGACACUGAUAGUGUUAAGCCAUCUCUGAUGACUAUCUGUUUUAACAAUAGUAUUACAUUAACAGUUUAAAUAUAGCAAUCUAAUGCAAUAUGAUUUAGUUAUAGUGUACUUUAACAUAUUUAAUAUUCCAGCUGUUCGGUAGCUGUACAAGCUUCAAACAGUAGUAUCCACAGUCAGUGAAACUUGCCAUCCUAAAAAUAAAAAGGAAGGAGUAGCCCAUAAUAUUGAUAGAUUUAACUAUUUUUCAGCUUCAACUAACCAUGUGACGAUAGUGAUCUUACCACUCAUAUAAAGAAAAAAUAUUGAGGAUCGGUAAUAUUAUGGAAAUAUGGAAAAGACAAGUUGUGUGGACUGUUGAUGUUGUUUACUUUUGGCUAUAGUUAAGAGACCAGUAAUUAUUGUCAUCUUUUUCUUUUUUUUUUUUUUUUUUUGACAUUCAUAUCAAGAGGUGACUGUGGGAAUGGAGAGUAGAAUGUGGGUUUAUUGACUCUCUCCUAAUUCACUGGCAGCCUACUUGGAUAAGAGUCUUAUAUUGUGUGUUAUUGUGGGCUUAGCUGCAAGUUUUGUGUCUUUAAUUAACUUUGUAUUUAAAAUAUUAAAGCACUGAUUUUAAUAGACAUUAGUGAAACACUUCAGUUUACUGUUAGCUGUUCAACUUCUAUUUACUUGGCUUUCAUGGUUUUGUUUACUGAAAUGUCAUUGUUUUACCUUAUAAAAACACUUUGAGGUUUCCCACAAUUGUAAAACUGGCUUUGUCUUAAAUGGGCAGAGUGAUGUUACCAUUGCUUAAGAUAGGAUGUUACUUACACCUGCUGAAGGUGCAAUGUGGUAUUCAGACCAGCCUGAACUGAGCUCCUUUCUGAGGAAUUUAAACAGUGCUGCCAACAGUGGUAGAAAUCAUAAAGAUAUAUGAAAACGCGUGUAGGAAAUGCUUUGUUCAGGGCAGAUAAGACCUGAGUUUUAUUUAAAAAUAAAAACAGACAAAAAAAUUUGUGAAGAUGAAAAUGUUUUUAAUAGCUAAAGUAGGGAUGGGAAAUACAUUAUUUUUUCCUUUUGCAGACCGCUUCUGUGUUUUAAACACAUCAAUUCUUCUGGAGCAGUUUCUGUAGUAAAGAGCCCUACUGUUGAUGGGAUUUAAUUUUUGUCAAACUGACCUAGAAAAUAAUUUGAAGUGGAACAUUUUCCUCAUUUACUGGUUUGUGCUUUCAAGUAACAUUAAAAAAAAAAAAAAAAAAGCCAAACAAAAAAAAACCCAAA